GGCAAACUGAAGUUAGGUUACAUCUGAAGGUGAAGUGACAUUGGACUGAGGGAGCUUCCAUCCCAAGGCAGCUACAGACAUACAAUUCAGAGAAACUUUGUGCAAAAAAGAUUCAAGAUGCUCCUGAUCAUCCUGAUUCAUCUCCUGAUCGUCGCAUCAGCAAAUGUCCAGGCAACCACCACUGUAGCAGCUACAACUGCAGCACCCACCACUCUAGCAGCUACAACUGCAGCACCCACCACUGUAGCAGCUACAACUGCAGCACCCACCACUGUAGCACCUACAACUGCAGCACCCACCACUGUAGCACCUACAACUGCAGCACCCACCACUGUAGCAGCUACAACUGCAGCACCCACCACUGUAGCACCUACAACUGCAGCACCCACCACUGUAGCAGCUACAACUGCAGCACCCACCACUGUAGCACCUACAACUGCAGCACCCACCACUGUAGCACCUACAACUGCAGCACCCACCACUGUAGCACCUACAACUGCAGCACCCACCACGCCGGCUCCUGUUGUCACCACCACCACUAACACUGCUGCACAUGCUGGGAUCGUAUCCGUGAGCAGUCUGGUGUUCUGUCACUUCAGUGUUGUUCUCUUCAUGUCCCUCUGUACAGUGUGACUUGGUUGUACAGGUUUUCUUUAAACACAUUUAGCAGUACUUACAAAGUAUUUUUAGUUAUAUUUAGAUACACACUGGUGUUGAUAAGAUUAACAAUCCAUAUGAUACAAAGUGUUAAAAAUAAGUUUUUGCCUAUUUAUUGUCACUGUCAGAGUAAAGUUACUGAUAACUUAUAAAUUCAUGACUGAUGAAUGACUGUUGAAAUGAUGUUAACCAAGCUGAACUGGUGUCAGUGUUUUUUAUUGUUGGAGCAGUGCUUCAUUAAACUUUUCAACUGUUGUUGUCGAUAGAACUGUUUUCUUUAAAGUGUAUUAUAAUUCAUGUGAAGUAACAAAUCUAUGUUGAAGCCAGAAUGUGGACGGAUUAUUUAUUUGGGUCAUUGAUUUGUUAUUUCACAGCAGAUAAAUAAAAUGACACAGCAACAAA